UGUGAUUCAAGAUGGCUGCACACCGGAAAAGGAAGUUUAGAACGAGAUUCUACGCGAGAUUCAAUAUGGUAGCCUCCUAUGCCACGGAAUCUUCACGACCACUUACAAAAUGUUUUGUGCUCUUCAUUCUCUUAGGUAUAUCUCCGAUAUGUGGUCUCAGAUCUUUUGGAAAGAAGGAGUUGAAUUUUUAUAGGGACAAAGUUGUUAGGAUGUUUCACCAUGCCUAUGAUGGAUAUAUGCAAUAUGCCUAUCCUUAUGACGAACUUCGACCAAUAACAUGUGAUGGACAUGAUACAUGGGGAAGUUUUUCCUUGACAUUGAUUGAUGCCCUGGAUACCCUAGCUAUAAUGGGAAACAUGACUGAAUUUAGACGAGUAGCUUACAAGUUGGCAGAUGAAGUAGACUUUGAUAUUGAUAUCAAUGCAUCCGUGUUUGAGACAAACAUAAGAGUUGUUGGAGGUCUGCUGUCAGCACACUUGUUAACAAAGAGAGCAGAUAUGGUACUAGAACCUGGUUGGCCAUGCUCAGGACCUCUUCUUAGACUUGCUGAAGAUGUUGCUAGAAGAUUACUCCCUGCCUUCAAUACAAGUACUGGUAUGCCCUAUGGAACAGUAAACCUCAGGCAUGGCGUUCCAGAAGGGGAGACUGCAGUCACUUGCACUGCUGGAGUUGCGACAUUUAUUGUUGAAUUUGGGACCCUCUCUAAACUAACAGGGGAUCCUAUAUUUGAACAAACAGCAAUGAGAGCUCUGACAUCUUUGUGGAACUAUAGGUCUGAAAUUGGAUUGGUUGGUAACCACAUCAAUGUGCAGACUGGUCAAUGGACAGCACUGGAUUCAGGUAUUGGAGCUGGAGUGGACUCCUACUUUGAGUACUUGGUUAAAGGAGCCAUCCUACUACAGAAACCUGAGCUCAUGGAGAUGUUUGCCAGUUUUAAACAAUCUAUAGAAAGCCACCUGAAACAGGAUGAUUGGUAUAUGUGGGUCCACAUGGUUAAAGGUCAAGUCACUCUUCCUGUCUUUCAGUCUCUGGAGGCCUUCUGGCCAGGAUUGCAGAGCCUAAUUGGUGACAUUGACAAAGCCAUGAAAACUCUCCAUAAUUACCAUCAAGUUUGGAAACAACAUGGCUUUACUCCUGAAUUCUACAAUAUUGCUAAAAGUGAGGUUCACCAAGGAAGAGAGGGGUACCCGCUUAGACCAGAAUUGAUAGAGAGCACAAUGUACCUAUACAGAGCAACAAAGGAUCCAUACCUGCUGGAAGUUGGUGUAGACAUACUAGAAUCCAUAGAACACAGCACAAAAACAAGAUGUGGCUAUGCUACAGUUCAAAAUGUUAAAACUCACAUGUUGGAGAACAGAAUGGAAUCCUUCUUCUUAGCAGAAACAACCAAGUAUCUUUACCUUCUUUUUGACCCUGAAAACUUUAUCCACAACACUGCUGGCCAUGGCACAGUCAUUCAGACGCCAAGUGGAGAGUGCAUCAUUGAUGCUGGUGGAUAUGUUUUUAACACAGAGGCCCAUCCUGUGGACACUGCUGCCCUCUAUUGUUGUAGUGCAGAAAAACACCAAGAUGAUAUGCUGGUACAAGAUAUGCAAGACAAUGUUAAUUUGUUGAGUUUACUUGAUUUAGUUGAUAAUGAACCAGACAUGCUUAGAUUAAAGACAACUGUGGAACAAGGCAAAAAUAAGUACAGAGAAGAUCCACUUGUAGAAGACAUUAAACAACCAUCAGAACAAAUGCCCUCUUCACAAGAGAAAAAUGUUGGUAAUUUCAAAAGCUUGCAACAAAAAGAAUCUGAUUUGAUGCAGCAGACUGUUGAAGCAUUUAAGAAAAUAUUGGAAAAAAUGAAUGGUCCUAAAAAACCCAAGGAGAUUCUAGGGAGUGAGAUUACUGCUUCAAGUUCACAGGAUUCACAAUUACAUGAAAUGAAUACUGGCACAGAGAUACCACCAGGCAACACAGAUACCAAAGCUGAAAAGAGUAUUACACCACAUGCUCAGGAGGCACACAGCACAGUAUUGGAAAAUGCCAACUCAUUGACAAAUGACAGGAACAGUAAUACACAAUUUGAAUCAACAUCUAAUACUGAAAAAAUUGACACACAGAGUGCCAGCACUUACCCUGAGAAAAAUAAAUUAGAUCUUACAAAAACAAAAUCUACUUCAGGAGACUCGGAAUCUUCUGUUGCCACUUCUCAAAAAAAGGGAGAGAGUGACAGCACUGUGACAGUUCAGCAACCUCAAAAAACUUCUAGUCAACCUCAACUUUUACCGCCAAAUGGUGCUGUUAAUGCCAAGGGUGAUGCAGCUAUUAAAACAAGUGAUAAUCAAGAACAGUUCAACUCUGCUUUGAAAAAUAUUGUGCAGGGUCUUUUUCAAGAAAUUAAAACAGAGUUAAAUAUAACUUGUGCAAAUUAUUUUUCAAAAUCUAAAAGACAUAAACAGGAAUUACUUACAUGUCCAGCUAGACCUUUCCAUGCCAGAUUGUCAGUUUUAGGAGAAAUGUUUCUUGAUGACAACUAGUUAAAGUGCUUUGUUUUCUCAUCGUGUUAUUUAUUGACUUGGAUUUGCAUAACCAUUUGCUUCACAGAACAUUCCAAGGCAAAUUGUACCAGCAUUCUGCUCGAGGUUGAAUUGCCUAUUUAUAAAAAUUAAUCCUCAUUUGUUAUUUACCUUGUUUUAACUGCGUCUCUGUGACCAUUUCAUUACCAGAAAAAUUAAAUGAAAUUGUGAACAGAGUUGAUAAACACAUUUGGUAUUUUCCAAAAAUUAAUAAAAUGUAGUGAAUUUUA